ACCAAUCCUUAGUGUUAGUAUAUUCAAAAGAUUAUACACUUAUAUUUACAAAUACCUCCAGUAUUACAAUAAUCGAGCUGAUAUUUGAAUGCAGCUCAAUGGGGCUUUGUUUUUUUUGGGCCUCCAAGAGCCCCCUGGAGGACUAUCGUAGCAAUCAGUUAUUAGCCAGCAGCAUUUGCCGUCUAAUGUCCGCAGCCUCGUUUCUGUGAACCACGUGACGUGUGUUUACAUCCUCUCAGCUGUUCCUGGAGAAAAACAGCGCUGGCUGUUCAACGCCAAGAAAAUCUAUACAUAACUCAACAGUGCGCUCAAAAACACCAACUCUAAUGUGCAUCCAGUGUGUUUGGCUAGUGCAAAGCCUGAGAUUGAUUCAUGGCUUUAUAAAGAUCUUGCCAUAGCCGAGAAUGGUCUGAAGUGUGGGACAGACAUCACGACUGGGCAUCCCUGUGGAGAAUCGCUCCAGCACUUUCAUCUGGAUGUGUGGACCGGUCUAGUUACCCGUCUCUCACCUCCUCUGCAUUUUUUUUUUGUUUGUUUCUUUUACUUUUUUUUCCCUUGUUGGCUGUGUGAGGGGAACAUGGGGGGAGCAGUCAGUGCUGGCGAGGAUAACGACGAUUUGAUAGACAACCUGAAGGAAGCCCAGUACAUCCGCACAGACUGCGUCGAGCAGGCCUUUAGGGCCAUAGACCGUGGAGAUUACUACCUGGAGGGCUACAGAGACAAUGCCUACAAGGAUCUGGCGUGGAAGCACGGGAAUAUACAUCUCUCAGCGCCGUGUAUCUACUCCGAGGUGAUGGAAGCCCUGAAACUCCAGCAGGGUUUGUCUUUUCUUAACCUCGGCAGUGGCACAGGAUACCUGAGCACCAUGGUGGGCCUGAUCAUAGGUCCGUUUGGAGUAAAUCACGGUGUUGAGCUCCAUAAGGAUGUUGUGGAGUAUGCAAAAGAAAGACUCGACGACUUCAUUAAAAACAGCGACAGCUUUGACAGGUUUGAGUUCUGCGAACCACACUUUGUCGUGGGGAACUGUCUGGAGAUUUCGUCAGACAGUCACCAGUAUGACCGCAUAUACUGCGGAGCUGGAGUUCAGAAGGACCAUGAGAACUAUAUGAAAAUCCUGCUGAAAGUCGGAGGAAUUUUGGUCAUGCCAAUAGAGGAUCAGCUGACUCAGAUAAUUAGAACUGGUCAGAGCUCCUGGGAGAGUAAGAAUAUCCUGGCGGUGUCAUUUGCUCCUCUUGUUCAGCAGAACAGGACAGAAGGCUGCAAGGCUGAAGCUGUGGUACUCCCGGCUCUGACCGUGAGGAGUCUUCAGGACCUGGCGCGAAUCUACAUCCGCCGAACCCUCCGCAACCUGACCAACGACGAGAACCCCGGCCGCAACAACACGCAAAGACCGUCCCAGAAGCGCAAGCGCAGGCGCUGCCGCCGCCGUCGCCGCACCUACACCUACGUGUUCGUCGGGAACCAGCUGAUUCCUCAGGAGGACGAAUGCAUCGAGGAGGAGAGCAAAGAGGAGGAGCAGGAGAAAGACAUUGAGCUGAUCAAACCCGAGGAACCGCAGGUCAACCAUCUGAGAGACAAAAUCUUGAGUCUGCCGCUGCCCGAGUCGCUGAAGUCGUACCUGCUGUACUACCGCGAGAAAUAACUCGUCCCGUCUAAGUGUUAAUCUACGGUGGUGGUGGUGGUGGUUUCCUUCUCAGACUACUUCUGACCCUGAAUUUCAUAGUUGUUUUUUUUGAUAAUGUAGCAUAAUUUAAACAUUUAAAUGGGGUUGGGCUGCGUUUCCAAGAGACUUGAUUUGAUUGUGCUUGCUGUGUUUGUUCUAAUGACUCAUAACGUUGUAAUAUUCACAUUUUGAAUGUGAUUUUUCACUACAGAGGAGGAACUUUGUGGUUUGGAAGCUUCUUGCUCGCCUUGUUUGUAUUCAGAAGAGUUUGCUAAAUGUGACGGAAGAAUCGAUGAAGCUAUUUUUCACAGGCUUGUAUUGUAAGACCAGUAAUGACAGUUUUCUUUCUUUUUUUUAAUUGUAGGGAGAAUGAAAAACUCAAGUCAUUAUUUUGGGAUUGAUUUUUGCCUUCUUUGAUUCUCCGAACCUUCUGGAGUUUUCGCUGUUUAUGAUGCUAAUGCUUUCGGUAUCUCUUUGGACCGUUUUAGUGAAGUUCCAUCUAGAGAGGAUUGUUUUGGCCUGUGUUUUGCAUUUCUACUUUUUUUUUUUUUUUUACUUUCUAGUCACAUUUGUAAGUACCGAUAUUGAACUCUCUUAAUAGAUGAUAUAAUUUUUUUGGUUGUUUCUUUCGUCUGCGAGUCGUCCUGAAGACCUAACGCUCCACUUUCUGCUUGUGAUCAUAAAAUGUAAGAGACGUCACUGUUUGUGUCGGUUUGUAAUCGGUGAAUUCACACUGUUGUAACAACUUGUUUGCAAUAUAUUGUCAGCAUAAGAAAUCUGUGGCUUAAUUUCACUUAUUCAGUUGAUUGUUAAUGAUUUUGUUACACUGAAAUGGAAUCUUAAUAGAAUUUACAUCCUGUGUCAUGUUUGUCCCAUUUCCCAAAAAUACACAGAUUGAGAUAUUGGAAAAACACCCAAAAUAUUGUCUAUAAAUCAGAUAUAUAUAGUUCAACUCAUGUUUAGAAUCUGCUAAAUUUUUUUUUUUAAUUUAAAUAUUAAAAAUAAGAUGUUUUUAAGUACAGCUCUGAAGAAGCUAAAACAACUUAAUAUGCAAUAUAAACUUAAAAAUUCCUUAAUUUACACUUUAUUCAGUAGAUGCAUUUACAUUUCUUAAUAUUAUGUUUAUGGUUGUGCAGUUCGUCCCACAAAAGUCCUCCAGGUCCUGUAUGUUCUUUGGUUUCCCAGCAUGCUCUUCCUCACAAUGGCUAUUGGAUGUUGAGAUCCUGGCGAUUCAGGGCGAUUGAGGGACUGACAAAACCAUCAUACAGUCAUUGCCGCUAUAUUGUGCAGCUUCUUCAGGGCAGUACUGAAUAUUAUUAUUAUUAUUAUUAUUAUUUUGGUCCCCAAAAAAACACAGGUAUCUUUCGCCUGUUGAUGUAUUUAGCUUUGAUACGUUAGGACGUUAGGUUGGGAUGCAUUCAUUUUGAAUAGCUUUUGUUAUGCCACAGCUAUGAACCAAGCUAAAAAUUUGGAUACAUACAUAUUUUGGUUCAUUUUCCUUAAAGAAAAUGACUUAAUUUGGUCGAUUUUUAGAAGCACACUUGCAUAAAGCAAUGUUUUUUUUAAGCACCUUAAGUCAUUGCCUAUUUUCUAUUAUUUCUGAUGUGAUGGUAACAGGGAAACUAGAAUGUAAAGAUAUUAACCAAAAUGAUUCUUCAUAUUUGUCCUUACAGGUUAAGGUACAGUCUACAUACAAUAGAUAAACACCAGCACUAAUGUUUUUUUCAAUCCAGCAUUUAUAUAUUCAAAAUGACUCAAAAACUCAUAAAAAGACUGAGGUUCAUGUGUUUUGUUCUUGGUUUACACAUUUAAGUGUAAUACUUUAUUAAAUAUAAACUCUUACUACUAGGUUACGUUUCCCUCAUGAACAUAAAAAACAUUUAUGACAGAGAUACUGAGAGAACAAAUCAUAAGCCAUGCAGAUUCUACAUGUGUUCCGAGUCCUGAGAGGCUCUUGUAGUAAUUUUCACAAUUUUUUCAUAUUGCUUAACAAAAAACGUAAAACUUUUUAUGUGUUUUGGAUGUUCAUUUACAUGACAACGGCAUUUUGGGGGACUGAAAAUGCAAACUUUUGAAAUCGGGUUUCAAAGUGCAAGUUUUUGAAAACUAUACCGUUAUAUUUUCAGUGUAAACUACAAAACUGCAAAUUUGUACCAAAAAAAAAAUAAUAAUAAUAAUAAUAAAAAAAAAAUUAAAAAAAAAGGUGACGUCAUGCGCACAUGUAUUACACGUUCAGUCAAUAGGUGCGCAGCAUAUCUUUACCAAGUGACAUCGCCAACUACUGGCCUGGGAGCAGAAUACAGCGUUUUUGUGGAUCCCUGUGAACGGGAUCGUUUUGACAAAAUUGUUGUCGUCACACAUCGUUGUCAUGUAAACACACCCUAAAAUGUUUAAACCGGACCAUUGUCUCAAGGUUAGCGGAGCCUGGUGAAUCUGUCCGUUGAGUUUGUGGUUGUUAGAAGGUUGUAAGAACGUUCCAUGAGGUCUAAUUCCACAGCAUGUCUUACAGAUGGUCCCUGUCGAGACACACGAGUGUCUUUUUUUCAAGUGUAUCACUGACUGUAAUUUGAUGCUUUCAUUCUUUUCAUUAAAUAUAUUUAUAGCCAA